AUGGUCCUCAACGUGUUCGCCAGCUCCUUUUCGGGCAAGUGCAGGCGCUUCUUCGGCGCCCUGAACCGCAAGAAGCUGACCAGCUUCGACGAGGGCUCCCCGCUGAACCGAUGCCUCAACCUGGUGGACCUCACCGCCCUCGGCGUGGGCGCCACCCUCGGGCUGGGGGUGUACGUGUUGGCCGGGUCCGUGGCCAAGACGGUGGCCGGGCCAGCGGUUUGCAUAUCCUUCUUGGUGGCCGCCGUGGCUUCGGCAGUGGCAGGUCUGUGCUACGCCGAAUUCGCGGCGAGGGUGCCCAAGGCAGGGUCGGCGUACGUCUACAGCUACGUCAGCGUGGGCGAGUUCGUGGCCUUCGUCAUCGGCUGGAACCUCAUCCUGGAGUACGUGAUAGGUACGGCGAGCGUGGCCAGCGGCAUGAGCUCCUACAUCGACUCGCUGGUGGAUAAGAAGAUCCAGAAGAGCUUCCGGGAGGCCAUGCCGAUCGACAUCAGUUUCCUCUCGCCCUAUCCGGACUUCCUCUCGUUCACCUUCGUUAUGGUUUUAACUCUUCUCCUCGCUUUCGGCGUGAAGGAAUCCUCGCUGAUCAACAACGUGUUCACGGUGAUAAAUCUGUUGACCAUUUUAUUGGCCAUAAUCGCCGGAUCUAUCCAUGCAACGACGGAUUACUGGAAAAUCGACCCGGCCACUCUGUCCGAAGACGACAGAAAACUGGCCGGCAACGGCGGUUUCAUCCCCUUCGGCGUGACGGGGAUCAUGGAGGGCGCCGCCAAGUGUUUCUACGGCUUCGUCGGAUUCGACGCCGUCGCCACCACCGGCGAGGAGGCCAAGAACCCGCAGAGGGACAUCCCGCUGGCCAUCGUCAUCUCCUUGGCCAUAAUAUUCGGCGCUUACUUCUCCAUUUCCACCGUUUUGACCAUGGCGGUGCCCUAUUACCUGCAGGACAGCGACGCCCCGUUUCCUGCUGUAUUCGACAGGUACGGUUUACCGGCUAUCAAAUGGAUCGUUACUAUCGGAGCCGUGUUCGCCCUUUGCACCAGCAUGCUGGGCGCCAUGUUCCCUCUACCGCGCGUUCUCUACGCCAUGUCCAACGACGGGAUUAUUUUUAAACAACUGUCCAAGGUCCACAAGAAGACCAAAACCCCCAUCGUUGCCACUCUCAUUUCCGGACUCUUAUCCGGCAUAAUGGCGAUAAUGUUCGAUUUGGACCAACUAAUAGACAUGAUGUCGAUCGGUACGCUGAUGGCCUACACCAUAGUAGCAAUAUCAGUCCUACUGUUGAGAUACGAGCCCGACGAACUGGACGCCGAAGAAUUCUCGAAACCGACCAAAGACGAGAGCGCCAUGUACAGAAACCUAAAGAACGUCUUCAAUCUGGGCGGCCUCAAUCGUCCCACCAAGCAAUCCUCCAUCAUAGUCAAUUGGAGCAUCGUCUUGUUCAGCUGCUUCACCGCCCUCUUCUGCGCCAUCGUCGCCAAGGGCCGCAAAUCCGUCUUCACCGAGUCCUAUUAUUUGGCCGCCUUCGUCAUCACUGUGGUAGGCAUGGGGGUCUUGAUGGUGAUCAUGAUACGACAACCUAUGGCCGACGUCGAGCUAUCGUUCAAGGUACCAUUGGUUCCGUACAUACCUUGCCUCAGCGUGGUCUUCAAUUUGUACCUGAUGUUCCAGCUGGAUCUGCACACGUGGAUACGUUUCUUAGCUUGGUUAUUCGUGGGUUUGCUGAUUUACUUCAUGUACGGAAUAAGCCACAGCGAGGAGAGGGAGGAAGGACGGGCGGCGAGGAUGGUGCGCAAGGAGCACCGGGACAACGAGAACAAGCUAAAGGAGGACGAGCGCAAGAUGGCCGAGCAGCAGGAGAAGGAAGUGACGUCGUUCUGA